AGUUGACGUUCAAUCAUGCGUUGGGGGCGGGGUUUACGUUGACAAGGCCCGCCUAUUGGCCGGUCUGCGGACUUCCCACAGACAGUUGUAUGUUUCAUAAAAAUGCACUCUGAUGCGGCAAGUAAGUAGUAACGCUAUAGAGGCUUUUCUUCAUCAAAUAGCGCCCCUUUAAGGAUGCUUAAGCUGGUCCUAAAGGAGCGUAAAGGAAAUUUGUGAUUGUAAAUGUACUUUUACGCCCUUUUCUCUGGGGUUUGGUGAGGACGAAUGAAUUCCGUGCUGUUUGCUGGGCUCUUUGUAUUAAGCACUGCUGUAUUGGGCGAAAACAAAGGAAGAAUAGCUUGUGUAAAUUCAGUUGUUGUGGACAUGCGGGAGGUUAGAUUUGACUCAGCUGCUUUUCCCAAGUUAUUUUAUGUGAAUCGUUAGCGCCUGCCAGUUGCAUAGAGCUGAGGUUGAUUGAAUUGAGAAGCUUUUCGAUGGUAAUCGGUUCGUUGUGAUCAUUAUAUUCAUCAUAACAGAGGAUUUUUUGUGCGUUUUAUCUCAAACUUGGGAUCAACGUGGGAGCAAUGUAAAUAGGUCAAUUUUCUGGUCAUCUGCGGACUAUUACAGAGAAAGAAAAUUGUGACGCAGUUGAGUAAAACAUGUUUCAUUGCCUGCUGCUGCAGCGCUGUCCGGCCUUGCGGCAUCAACAACAGCUGUUGCAAAACGUCUGCGUCGUGCUAACGUGCCAGUUAGCUCAAGAAGUAAGAUUUAUAUAAAACGACGCAAAAUGCAUUCAGUCAGUUGGGGUAAAUGUUGGGGGUAGAAGGGUCUGAAAGAAAGAGUUGUUUUGUACCAGCUUGGGUAUUGUAGUUUAUAAUCCCUGUCAGCGCUGACGUUUAAACGGCCUCUUAAGAGGAAAUGGACUACAACACCCAUACGGCGAACUCUCUAGAUACUUUGUAAACUCUGUGCAAGUUGCGCGUCUGCACUGCUAUUUUAGGUAUGCAGCUAGUGCUAUCAGCUCGGCUGUUUUCCGUCUGGUUUUGGCCUCUUGAAAUCAAUUAAAAGCGUCGGUUUUUGAUGACAGCUGCUGAAGGAGAAUGUAUAGAUGACAUCUGUCGACAAGGUAGCAUGCAUGAUAGCAUAUUUCUGAGUUAGCGUGUGUUUGAAAGAAUGCAGAGAGUCACUCCCUGAGUCGUGUCAGAUAUUUUCUGUCCGUCUCUGAAACGUAAAACCUCAGACUAAUAAUCAAAUGGGAGUAUUUAAGCUCUAUAGAGGUGUGCAGAUUUCAGAUAUAAUAUGAAACCCUGUGUUCUUCUUUGUGCUAAGAUGAUGUCACCUUCUCGUACCCUUGCACUCCUAGCAAGCUUACAAGUGUGAGUUGGUGCAGGAGGUUUGUGUGUCAUGCUUUGUUGCUGUGUUGAAUCUCUGAUGAUAUCUCUUUCUUUUUUCUGUUAAAAUAGAUUUUCAGCUGAAUUCCCACUUGACUACACUGGCCAGCAUCCAUAAGAUCCACCACACCUUGCACAGGCUGGUAAAUACGAGCAAGCAGUAUGCAUUUCAUAGGGGUGCACAAUAUUGAUUGUACCGAUAACAAUACUUUUAAACUCAUUUCGGCCGAUAUCGAUCCCCAUACCAAUAAAUACAUACAGCUUUUGUGCAUUGUAAAGGAUAUGCAGUCUCUCUAAUACCCGGCUUUCAUUUUUACUUUUCAGGAACUGUUGGUGUUGUUUUGCUCCAGUCCACAUUACUUGCAUUGUAAAUAGCUUAAGUGCUACACAUUUGCAAAACUUAAAAUGUUAACAUGUUGAAGUUUAUGUUUGGUGGAUUUAAGCUGUGAUCACACCACUUGUGCACAAUUAAUGCAUCACUUUAUAGGUUGUAUAUACCCUCCAAAACUUUUCUGCCUAAGCAGUAAUGAACUUUAAAGUCUCAACCUGCUGAUGCAGUCACAAUGCAAACAAUAUUGUGCAUCUGUUAAAUUUUACAUUUGUAACUUUUAUGUAUGUCUGUGUGGGAGUGCUGCACAUGCCUAUACUGCUCACAGUCAUUUGGUAUUUGUGCGUGCUUGUUUUGACAGAACCUGACAGAAGACGUUGGGCAGGAUAGCCACUCUUCAGGUAACAGUUUAACUGGUUUUUGUGUGUUUCAUAGUUGACAAAAAAAACACACAACAUUUAUUCAGUUUUGCAAAGAUGAUUCAAGUGUGUUUCCUGUAUGACAUCAGAGUUAAUCAUCAAUCAUGGAUGAAACUACACCCAAAUCAGGCUGUUUAAACACAUGCAUUUUAAGUAGGAGAAAAUAUGCAUGUGGUAUCUAUACGUUGGUACCUCCCUUUUCACUAUGAUCUCCCCCCAACCCCUAGCUUGUUGCUCCAGAGCCAUGCCUCCUAGGAAAAAGAGGAGACCCUCUGCUGGAGAUGACAUGUCAGCCAAAAAAAGUCGCCAAGACAGGUUUGACAUUUCUUUGUUAAACAUUCAUCUGCAUUGCUUUACAAUAUAUUCUAUCUGAAGGAAAGUGUCCACAAUGGUGAUGUGAUGAAAUACGUGGAAAGUGUUUUAAUUUUGUCCUGAGUUGUUCGAUGAAACUAUCCCAUAGCUGUCCCAUCUUGUAAUCGAAAAAAAUAUGACUCCUUAAAUGUACUUCCUUUUUAGUUUGGCUCACUGUGCCACUAUUUGAUGACUCUCUAUGGUGGCACUCAUAGAACCAGACCCCAUUAUACCCAAUUGACCCCAGGAGGAAAUUCAGUUUUUACUGUUGCAUUUUUUUACAGUAUAACAAUAAGAAUACAGGAAUAUUUAUAGAAAUAAGAGUAAUAUGAGAAAAAAUACGAUAAAAUGGUUAAGAAUAAAGUAGUGAAUAUGUAGAAAUACAGCUCUGUACAAAAAGCACAGUGUUUGAGAAAUAAGCUAUGCAGAAAAAACGUUUAGUGUUGUUAGUGGUGUAAGUUUUGCACAUUAUCAUCUAGAGUCAUUUUUCAUUUUGUAUUCUUGAGAUAACCUGAGAUAUUGCCAUAUGAUGGUCAUGCAAUUUACCAGAUAUGGCAGAACUGUUGUGUUGUGUUGUCAUUAUUAAGAUGGGUCAUUUAUAAGAUAUCGUAUUGUGCAUUAAUUUGUGUUUCCCAGCCUUACAUGCAUGGAGUCUUUAUUUUGUGAUCAUGAAAAUUAUAAUUUAGAAAGCUUUUGUUUUUCUGCUGUGACUGAGCUUAAGACUGAAACCUCUUUCUCUGUCUGCAGUGUUUUCAGGAAACAUGAAACAUCACAAAUCCGGGAAGAGGACACGUUUUCCAGUAAAAGAUGCUUGGAGUGGUUCUAUGAAUAUGCAGGUGGUUAAUUAUUAUGUUAUGAACAUAAUAAUGCUAUUUGAUGCUAUCAAAACUAGAUGUUUUUGGUUGUAAUCAUGUCACUGCAGUGGCUCCACAUGUGGCCUCACACCGUGUUUGUUUGAAAUAGGUUGUGAUGAAGUGGUGGGUCCAGAGGGCAUGGAGAAGUUCUGUGAGGACAUCGGGGUGGAGCCGGAGAACGUAAGCAGACUUUUGUUUUACCUGUAUGGUCUCAGAGUGCUUGGCUUUAACUCCACAUUACCCUCCUGGUAGUCAGUCAAACCAAAGACGUUGUUUUGGCCCUAAUGUGCAUUUUCAGUAAUUUCAGUAUGAAGUUAAACUCGUAGCUUUCCAAGAUCACCCCUAGUUUAAACUUGCUCUUUGUUCAAAGGGUUAUCAAGGUCAGUUUUUUCUGUGUACAACAUGUUUUAUACACAGAUAAAACUGGUCUUUUUGUUGAUAAUUUUGUCAACAAAUCUUCUCUUUAAAGCAGUGAUAGGUAACUUUAGGGGGCGGGGAAGCAAGAUGAGGCUACAUUUUCAAAAGCAGUCAGUGAAAAAAGGCCAAAGCCACACCCCAACAAACACUUGAACAUGUACCUUACCCUGCUUUCAUGUGGUGUCGUACACAUUGGAAAAAUUUAUUUCCAAUCUGGAAAAUGCAUGUGAGCAUCUGAUGUGUAGACUCGGGUAAAAUGAAGUGCCUGUCUUGCCUGCUUGCCAACAUGAUUAUCAUCAACAUGUCAAGAAACAACGAAACUCUAUUAACUCAUGUAAUGAUUUAUUAUAUGAUAUUACCAUUUGUUGUUGUCGACAUAGAGUGACCUACACAGUUAUUUUUUUUAACAUGAGAAGAGUAUUAAUUAAACCCAUAUUUUGGCGUGUAUUUGUUCUGAACUUGGAUUUUAAAUCAGGUAGCAUUAAAUGCAAAUUUCCAAAUUGAAAGCGCAUUCACACAUCAAACUCAGUAGAGUGACAUCCAUACUUGUAAACCAGCAGAGAGCCAUGAAUCAUUAGCAAUGCUGGCUCCAUCCAUUUACAGUUUUCUGCAGCUAGCGCUAACUUAAACAAGCUGUGAGCACAUUUUAUACAUGAAAUGUCAAGACUGGAUCCUUACAAUUGCCAAGACUGAUUUGUGUUAUGUUUUAAAGAGAAUCUCAACAAAUGUUAAUAACGUUUUGGUAGAUUAAUUCACUUGUUAAGGUCAAUGCAUCCCUGAUAUUAAAUCAAAACCUCUUUCAUUUAAAUAUUGUUCUUCCUUAGAGCUGUUUCCUCCACCUUUGGCUUUUGGCAUUUAAAAAAAUGAUCAAGACUCCAGAGACUGUUUGGUGUAGUUUACCUUUAGCCUGUAACGGCAUCUAGAGCAGACAGACAUGUCAGAGUAAGUCUCACAUAACUAAAGUUUCCCUUAGCCUCCUUUAUAUGACACAAUUCCCUCAGUGAUGCCUUGUAAAAAUGCGCUUUCACUUAGAAAGUUAAUGCUGAUAUCGGCCUUAUAAGUGCCAAUGCUGGGAUGAUACUGCUUUUGUUGACAUGCCGGUAAUGGGUAUGCUAAUGAAUUCGUCUAUCCCUUGUUCCACCUGCAGAAUUUUGCAAAACUAUGGCUGAUUGGUUGAAAGUGCAGAGCAGCCCAAUAACAUUCAGGAAAAGGUGUUGCUUCAAACCCAACUAAGCUUACUAUUCCAAAUGCACUCUCUGCAUGUCCCAAAGAUGUAUUCAAUUUAGUGUAUUUCACAUGUAAAUCAGGGCAGAUGUCAUUGAGAAGGCAUGAGACUAAAUAUUUAAAUGUCUUGUAUUUCCCGUACUGGUGUUGCCUGCAGGUGUAAAGGUUGUUGUUUUUGCUCAGGUGGUGAUGCUGGUUCUUGCCUGGAAGCUGGAUGCUCAGAGUAUGGGCUAUUUUACCCUCCAGGAGUGGCUGAGAGGCAUGGGCUCACUGCAGUAUGUCACUUUAUCAAUUAGAGACUCUUUCAUCCUGUUCUCAGCAUGAAUCCUUUCUUUGCAGCUUUUUUCUGUGUAAGUAUUUCUAAAGCACUUCUCUGUUGUUGGUUUCAGGUGUGACUCCACAGAGAGGCUGAGGAACUCUCUCGACUACCUGAGAUCUGUCCUAAAUGACAGCACCAGUUUUAAGCUCAUUUAUAGAUACGCCUUUGAUUUCGCUCGGGUGAGUCAAGCAAAGUGUUUCCUGCCAAAAACACCUCUACAUUUCUAAAACACAACUUAUUCAGUUUAUUUAAAUAGAGAAAUGUCAAGCCUGCGUGACUGGAAUCGUUGUAGUGUUUUAUUUAAACAAAAAUUCAGAUUAAUCUUGAUGUUUCGAGUGAGUCAGAGAAGCAUUCUAGUUUGAUUUUGAGCAGGAUGUUUGCAUAGCCUGACAUUCCUGUAACAUAGAAACUCUGCCCUAAUGUCACACAAAGCAGCACAAUCCGAAAAUAUAAAUAAUGAAUAAAGACAUGCACAGGGGGACUGAUAACAGUGAAACACUGUUUUUACAGCAGCAGUGUUGAACUAUAGCCUUCAGCCUGUUCUGUGUAUUGAAUCUAAUGAGAGGUUUUAGAAGAGUGGUCAACUGUUUUCCUUUUGUUGUCAUCAAGCUUUUGGUGUUUUGAUUGGACAGGAAAAGGAUCAGAGGAGUCUGGACUUGAACACAGCCAAGUGCAUGCUGGGGCUUCUUCUGGGAAAGACGUGGCCUCUGUUUCCCGUGUUUAAUCAGUUUCUAGAGGUGAGCACUAUUUUAAAAAGAUCUCAUUGUUUCCAUUCGGCUGUUGUAUUUAACUCAGGUUUAGCGUAAUUUAGAUUUAAAAAAAAAGAGGGGGGGGGGGGGGGGGUUGUUCACCAUUAUCCUAAGAGACAAGCAGGUUUUACGCCACCUCAGUGUAGGGUUAGUUCUUGUGGGUUCUGUUCGGCUGGACUAAAGUUUGACUUGAGCGACAUCAGUUAAAUCAAUUCCCUGGAGCACAAACACGCAUCUAUUGUCUAAAAUAGUUUUUUAAUUCAAGUAAAUUGCAGCCCAAAGGUACAAAUGAACAAGUGAACUAAACAAAUGAAUUCUGAUGGUUACAUACUUGCUUGCAUGGAUGGCUGAACAUGUAAGAGGUCUAAAGUUUGGUUACAUUUCACCAAAGCAAAAGAUAAAGUGGAGGCAAAAUGCAAUUUAUGUUGCAAAAUAAUUUGUCCCUGCCUCCUCAGCAGAGCACAUCAGCAUUGAGCAUUAAAUUAUACCAAUUUGUAGUACCUGCAAGUGUUGGGAGACUGACAAAACUCAGUUGAUCAUCUGCCACGAACUAAAUGACGACAAAAGAGGACAUUAUGAUGGCUUCAAGGUCAGCUCAGUAAACUCACAGACGUGCAGCUGUAGAUAGAAUAUAAUCGUCCUCACUAUUUUUAGCUCAAUCAGUCAGCUCAUGUCGUAUUGAUCUAAACUUAAUUUCAGCAGCAGACUGUUGUAUUUGGUGUCCAGGCUCCAAACCUCAUCACUCUUAGCAGAUUAACUUGUAGUGAUGAAAUGAUAUCUGAAACACCCCCCAUGGUCAGAGACUGCAGGUGGAAGAAGGAGAGAUGGUGGGAUGAAAGUGUGAGCCCAGCUCUGGCACAAGGCAGCAAGGCAGACAGAGGGCAGAGAUCUUUAUGUGAAUUUCAGCCCAAAAAACUCUGCAGAGGAGCUUUGAAAACAAAUCUUCCACUCGUGUUUCCUGUAUUAGUAGUGACUCGUAUGAUGGUAUCAUUAUCAAUCAAUCAAAGUUAGCCGCACUCAGGAGAAAAACAGGCUCGGUUUGCUGUGUUAGUGAGGUAAAAUUAUAAUGGAGGGUGUGAUGUCUAUGAAAACAUUAGAAGUGUACUUUUGGUAAAAUGUACUUCAUCAAAGCUCUUGUGAAGAGUUUUUGAUCAGAUAUGAAAACUAUGAGACUGAGAUGAACAGUGUUGUGUUUCUAUAAUGAACAAAAGCCUGAAAGUGCUGUGAACUGAGAGUAGGUACACACCUAGGCACACAUACGCACGCACACACACACACACACACACACACACACACACACACACACACACACACACACACACACACACACACACACACACAGUACAGGCCAAAAGUUUGGACACACCUUCUCAUUCAAUGCAUUUUCUUUAUUCUCAUUGCUAUUUAAAUUGUAGAUUCUCAGUGAAGGCAUCAAAUUUAUGAAUGAACACAUGUGGAAUCAUGUGCCUAAGAAAAAAGUGUGAAAUAACUGAAAACAUGUUUUAUAUUUUAGAUUCCUCAAAGUAGCCACCCUUUGCUUUUCUGAUAGCGCUUCAAACUUUUGCUGUUCUCUCAAUGAGCUUCAUGAGGUAGUCACCUGGAAUGGUUUUACUUCACAGGUGUGCCUUGUCAGGGUUACUAAGUACCUCUGUCAUCAAGAGCAAAGGGUGGCUAAUUUAAAGAAACUAGAAUAUAAAACAUGUUUUCAGUUAUUUCACACUUUUUUUUUAGAAGCACAAAAUUCUACAUGUGUUCAUUCAUAGCUGUGAUGCCUACAGUGAUAAUCUACAAUGUAAACAGUCAUAUAAAAAAAAUAAAGAAAAGACAUUGAAUGAGAAGGUGUGUCCAAACUUUUGGCCUGUACUGUAUAUAAAUAUAUGUAUAUAUAAGUGUAUGUAUACUAUAUAGUAUAUUGAUUGAUUGAAUGAUUUGGAUGACAUUUUUUGCCACCUCGCCUGUUCUUUUGUUGCACUCUCAGUACUUAAGGUCUUGGCACUUGUAACUGUCUUUGCCUUUACAAUAAAAAAUAAAAACCCUGCCAAUAUUGAGCAAUUUAGAGCAAAUAUCAGCCCAAUAUUAGGUAUUGAAUUAUCUGUAUUUGACAGGUAACCAAUAAAAUAACAAAAUUCAUUGAAAGUGCCCUACAGUGGCUCUGUAGCAGAUGUGUUUUCCUCCUCUGGAUCGGUAUCAGUUUGUAACACGUAAUUCCCUGCCUACAGCACAAUCUGAUUGAUUGGACGCCACAUGAUGGUAUGAUGUAAUGGUGAUCUGAGUGUAACUGCUCAACUAACUUUUGUAUGUCUUCCUCAGCAAUCCAAGUACAAAGUCAUCAACAAAGACCAAUGGUGCAAUGUCUUAGAGUUCAGCAGGACAAUCAACCUUGACCUCAGUAACUACGAUGAGGACGGUGCCUGUAAGUACACGCAUAAGGACACAGAUGUGAUGACCGAUGUUUCUGUGAAUGUGGAAUCUCUGACUCUCUGUCUCUUUCCUUCAGGGCCAGUUUUGUUGGACGAGUUUGUGGAAUGGUACAAGGAAAGGCAGAUGUCAUAGGUGCAGAGCGAAGAGGAAAAAUACAACUGUGAUGACGACUAUGAGAAACAACAACCAAUAAGUAAACAAUACAAAACUGAUAAAGCAGUGACUGUGGGUGCUUCCUGGUGGAGGAGGGGGUUCAGGUUGUGGGUGGGUCAGGGUGGGGUGCGCUGGGUUUGCAGCCUGAGAGCUAGCUGCCCAGCACACGGAGGCAGAGGGCUGCCAUUGUGGAGAAAUGUCCCCUACUGAAGUUGCAUAGUGGGCAAGCUUGCAGCAAUCCCCGGCGGCAUUGCUCUCUCUCACUGUGACAUGUCAUAUUGCUGUCUGUGUUAGGAUAACAUGGUGUCAUACAUGGAUGAAAGGAGCAGAAUGGUAUUAUGUGGGAGAUCCACUCCUCAGUCCUUAUCUUCAGCACAGAGAAACCAACAGACAUGACCAUUCAUGCUUUGUGUCUGAGUCUUAAACAGGGUCACUUUGACCAGGGCACACUGUUAGAUAUCCGUGCUGUGAACUUGAACUUGAGCUUUUCUGGACAGAUGGCACUAACUUUCUUUGUCAUGUUUUGAGUUAAGAGUUCUCCAAGAAGCACACUGUGUCAAACGGUUGAAUGCAGGUUCCUAAUGCCUGUUCUGUUUACGAUUUAAUUUGUGCCAGUGAUUUUUUUUUUCCCUCCAGUUUUUGUUCCCUCCUGCUGUUUCGUUUCCUGCUAAUGCUAACAGUUUGCAAGCCCACCCUGCAAAGGCCUCAGACCUCAUAACACCAAACAAUUCUGCAUUGCUGCUUACUAACUCUUAUUACAGUACAGCGGUGAGCCACUAGUGCCCAUUACAGCAUUUAUUGGUCUGAUGACCAAUCAAUGUUUCUACGUUGUAGGUAAGAGUAUUACUGUGCCUCAAAACAUGGAAGUCCUUUUGUGUGUCCAGCACACACACAUACACACACACACACACUCACACACACCUAAAAAAACCCAAAUGUAUAUACACGUGUAAAAACACAUACUGCACACACACAUGCACACACACAUUCAUCCACACACUGACACAGACACACUGAGUGGUCAGGGAAUAUUUCAGGAUGAAUUCAGACUGUUUGGGCUGUGUUAUGAGUUGACAUAGAACUAGCUGGUGUUCAUUUUGUCUCGAUGCAUUGCAUCAGUUUUGUCCUUAGUCCACUGUUAGUUUCUGGUCUCCUCUUACUGUAGCAUCUCUCCCAACACUGACAGUGUUAAUUACGACAUUUGAAGACCAGUGACCCUCUCAGGACGAGGUCCUUAAGGCUUGAGUAGAAAGGUAGGUUUGCUGAAAGCAUUGCGUUGAACCACCCAUAGAAUCUACACAAAUCAACGGACACUGACAGUUUGGAGCUGUGUGAAGAUGCUAUGCUGUUCUUUUCGCCUAGUAUAAUGUUCUUGUAACAACAUGUAUAAAUUUUUGUCUUUGGCUGUGGUGUGAUGCUGAAUUGUCAGAUUUAAUAUUUGCAUGCACGCUCCAACAGAGCCUUUUGUGAAUGGAUGAGAUUUUUGAAAACAUUUUCCAAACACAUUUUUUGUUUUGUACAGAAACUUGUGCAACUGUUUUGUGCUUAAUUUAAUAGUCACAAUCAUGUUCGCUUAAUUCUGAUAAACAACAUGAUUGUGCUAUUAAGACCCGGAACACACACCUGUAACCUCUCGGUGGAACAGGAGUUCCCUCCUGCAUUUAUCCCAUUCAUACAUUCUCACACAUAAACUGUGACGCCGCAGCGAGAAUACAGAAUCUUAUUUUAUUUAUGAGAAGUACAUCAUUUGUUUUGGGACUGUUGCAUCACACUGUCAUAAUACAUGCAAAAUACUCAUUGGAAUUUGUUGUGAAAAUAAAAUACAUCCACUCUCAUACCAUUAGAAUUCACUGCAGCUGCAGCCAUAUGAAAGCCUCUGUUGUCAUUACAAUGCCUCAACCAUUAGCAGAACAUCCAGGAUUGAAGUAGAUGUGGACUGCUUACCAAAUACUGUGUAGAGAUCAGUGUUUUAGUAUUCUCCCACAACAAUGCAGGAGGAUGAACAACCUCGUCCCAACUGUAUAUAUGUAUGUAAACAAUGUAAGUGUCUAUAUGUCUGUUUUCACUAUAACCUAUGUCUAUAUACAUAAAUAAAAGGGUUUAUUAACUUAUUGGCUCAAGUGUGGGCUUUUUGAUCACAGUGUCUUUUAAGUACCUCAAAUAGCUGUCCUUGAAUCUAUGCAAUUCUUGCUGCAAAACUUCUUCACUUUUGUACAGAUGUAUUUUAAAUAUAAUUGUUUCAUACAGUGAUUAGAUUGCAUUGCUAAUCAAUGAUACCAUUGAUUAACAAGGAGACACCUUUAUAAUGCUCUUUUAGAAAAAGGGUUAUAAGAGUAGAAUAGUUCAAAGAUAAUGCUGUCUUUUGCUCUCUGCAAAAUGCUUCACAAUAAAUUAUGAGUAUUUACAUACAAUUUUAAAGCUUUGUACUUGGAGAGUAUAUUUCACAUAUUUCUCCCCCUACUGAGCUCAAAAACUGUCCCUUAUUUACCUGUAUUUUCAAUGUCUGAAAUGUAGCAGCAUCUUUAUCAGACUUCAGUUAUGGGACUUUUUGAGCUAUCCAAUAAGUCUUUCAGGUUUUCAGAUGUAAGUGAUGUAGAGUUAGUUCCUGUUGUGUAUCCGCUCUGUGUCACAUAGUAUCUGGUUCCUUCAGACCUUUGUUUCCAGCUGUUUUGCCGUGACCUCCAUGUAAGCCCCAAUGCCUCAUCUGAUGGUGGUGGUGUUGUUGGAAUGGGAGGUGGAGUCUCUUGUGGUGGCACCAUAUCACCAAAGUCAUGCCUUCUGUAGCUGGGAAUCUCAUAUGAAACACCUGUAGCUUUUCUUUCAUCAACUGAGGCAGAGGAAAGAUAUAGCGGUACUUGUCUGAGUGAUUGUGUGGCCAAGGGCCUUAUGGGUUCCUCAGACCUUGAAUAGCUCAAAUUGGUCUUGACUGAUGGACCAAAGUCAUCAAACACAGAGGUGCUGUUGUCAAAUUGCCCAUCUGUUGUAUCCCACUGGUGUCUCAGUGAAGACAUGGCUUUUAGGGCGCUGAGGCCUUUUCUUUCCCUCUUCUCCUCAGAUAUACCCUUCCAAAUCUCAUCUGUUCUGAUGGAUGAGUUGUCAUCAGUGGUAAGGGUUCUGGCAGAAGCAGAGGAAACAGUAACACCGCUAAGUGAUGAGUAUUCAUGUGUUAGUGUCACAUCUGGAUUCACUCUGUCUUGUUUUAUUUCAUCAUCACUUUCACUGCUGGAGGAGCUGGAUGAGUCAGGCGGGGGGAGUUCUGGCUCUGCAGGCGGACGUGAAUACCCUACACCCAAACGACUCUCUGGGCUUAAGUUGGGCAUGUCAGGCAUCUGGCGACCAACGCCAGUCCACUUUAGCUCUGGCGGCAGUUCUGUUGUGCGCUUGGAUUGGCCAACCAUCUUUUUUAUCAUAUCAUCAAAGCUUGGAAAUUUCUUUGUGGCAAUAGAUGGUUUGCUGUCUUUUGAACCAUGAGGUGGACUUUGGUGCGUGAUUUCAGAGUAUCUUUGUUUUGUAUCAUAGAAACUUAGGUCAUUGAAGGAGGGGGGGCUGCUUGUUGGUGAUGUAGUUUGGAAAAUGGACCGCUUGUAAGUGAUCAGAGUGUCUGUAUCUCUGUAUUGAGGAGUAGUCAAUACCGGUCUGCUUUGUUUUACAGAAUGUCCUUUUGUCUCAGUAUCACUGCUGCUGCUGGAAGAUGAAGAAUUUCCUGGCUCUGGUAAUGGUGCAAUGACAUUCAGACGCUUUUUAACCCGUGGAAUACCACGACUCAGGUCGAGAACAGGGUGGUCAGUAGUAUCAUUCUCACUGUUGCUGCUCGAGGAUGCAUCCCUUUGUAUUUGUCUUUCCUGUCUCUCUUUUAACUCCACUGUGCCAAAGCUGUCAUUGCGACCUUUCAAACUAGGAGAAACAGUUACAGGUGGGAUUUCAGAUUUUGUAAGUAAUUCUGUAUUUUUGAUUAUUUGCUUUUCAAUCCCCCCUUUCUGUCUUUUUGUUUUGCCACUUUCACCCUCAUUAUCACUUUCACUGCUGGAAGAAGAUGUAUCAGGAAGAGGUGAUGAGGGUACCUUAGGUGGUCCAUGAGCACGGGGUGUGACAUCAAGACGCUUUCUGAAGCGAGAAAUCCCAAGAUUCAUUGUGGCCCACCGUAACUGAAGCUCUGGGCUUAUUUCUGGCGUUGUGCUGAUGCUCUCAUGGGUAAUGACUUUGUACUUCUCUAAUGUAAUAUUGGGGUCUGUUUUUGGACUGAGAGGAAUGUGUAUCACUGGGGAUGUUGGAGAUUGAAUGUGUUCCUUUUCUGUGGUCUUGUGGUCAGUUGGUCCCAGUUGUAGUUUUCUGUAGUCCUUGUUCUCAUCUUCACUUUCACUUGUGGAAGAGCUUGACUCAGAUAAUUGAGAGCCUGGUGUCACAGGACCUAAAACUGGAUUAGCCUCCAGAUAAGAUGGUGAUUUGAGAUUUAAAUGAGGUUUGUAGGAGAUACUCAUACCAACAUCAGGCAGUGCUGAACCAGGUUGAUUGCCUGAAUUCCCUGUACUUUCAUCACUACUUGAAGAUGACUCAUGUGUGGGUGAAUGUGGCCUGAUGUCCACACCAGUGCUGGAAUCCAUUUUUUGCCAUUUUAAACUUGAAUUAGGGAAUGUUUGGAUCUGAUGUUCUGCCUGUUUCUUAAACUCGUUCCUUGCCUCUUCCUCACUGUCGCUGCUGGAUGAAAAGUCUAUAAGAGGUGGUUGUGGCUUGAAAUCUAGACGCCUCUUGAUACUUGUUGUGUGCUCUAGAUCAAGCAGAGGCCACUGUGAAGGUCUUGCUGUGUCAAACUUCCCCUGCUCCUGCUUCUGUGUGGCUUUUGUAGCUUCAUCCUCACUGUAGCUGCUGGAUGAUGAGUCAGAGUGAAGUGUGGGUACAGUUGUUAUCCGAGUCGCUAAUUUGGUAAUUCCCACUUUCCCUGGCCUCUUUAUGGAAUUUGUGUUUUCAUCCUCACUGUCACUGCUUGAGGAUGAUUCAGAAGCUGGUAUUUGUGCCUUGAUAUCAAGACGCCUUUUGACGCCGAACCUUUUCUCAAGUUUUAGGACAGGCCAACCUGAUUUGUGGUCAAUGCUGUCUUUAAGAGGGGGUUUCGCUGUGUGCAACAGGCCUAGUCCUUGUUUCUUUAUUGGUUUGUUGGACUCAUCCUCACUGUCACUGCUUGAAGAUGAAUUGGACUGAGAUUUAGGCACUGUUUGAGGCUUCUGAAUUAAAACUUCACUAAUGUCCACUGACUUUGGCCUCUUCAAAGAGUUUGUCGUUUCAUUUUCACUUUCACUGCUAGAUGAUGAGUCAGAUGCCCUUGAUUGAACCUUUAUAUCAAGACGCCUUUUGACGCUUGUUGUAUGCUCAAAGUCAAGUAGAGGCCACUGUGUUGGUGGAGCAUGACCACUAGUCUGAGAUUUAUCCAGUGAAGGCCUUCCCAUGUGCAACUGCCCCAGAUCCUGUUUGUUCAUGGGUUUUAUGGCUUCAUCCUCACUGUCACUGCUGGAAGAGGAGUCUGAGGCAGGUGUCGGAACAGUUUGAGGUUUCUGAUUUGCAAGGUUGGUUAUUUCCAAUCUCCCGGGCCCAUGCUUGGAUAUAGUUGUUUCGUCCUCACUGUCACUGCUUGAAGAUGAUUCAGAAGCUGCUUUUUUGGCCUUGAUAUCUAGACGCCUUUUGACUUGUGGUAUGUGGUCAAGAUUAAGAACAGGCCAAUCAGAUUCCAGGCCUUGCCCUACAGUUUGAGAUUCUUUGAGUGGAAGUCUUUCUGUUUUCAAAUUCACCUUCUCCUGCUUCUUUCUUAGAUUAAUAGAAUCAUCAUCACUGUCACUGCUGGAAGAUGAGUCAGGGUGAAGUGCGGGCACUGUUUUAGGCUUAUGAAUUGCUUGGUCCACUUUAAUAGGGCCCUUUAAAGAGUUAUUUUUAUCAUCUCCACUGUCACCGCUUGAUAAUGAGCCAGAGGUCUGUGAUUUUACCUUAAAAUCAAGACGCCUCUUUAUACUUGUUGUGUGCUCAAAGUCCAAAAGAGGCCACUGUGGUUGCGUGACAUGACCACUUGUUAGAGGUUUUUCCAAUGAAGUCCCUGUAAAUUGCCUCUGCUCCAAGACCUGUUUCGUUAUAGGUUCUGGAGAUUCAUUGUCACUGUCACUGCUGGAAGAUGAGUCUGAAUGAUGUGUGGGUACUGUUUGAGAUUUCUGUGUGAUAAGAAUAGCUGUGUUUAAACUAUCAGGCCUUUUUACAGAUAUUCUUGUUUCAUCCUCACUACCACUGCUUGUUGAUGAUUCAGAAGCUUUAACUUGUCUCUUGAUAUCUAGAUGUCUUUUGGGGCGCGGUAAAUUCUCUAGAUUUAUGACAGGCCAAUCUGACUCUUGACCAACGGGAGGAUAUUUGUCCAGGGGAUGUCUAGUCACAAGCAGCUGACCUUGCUCCUGUUUCUUCAUUGGUAUUGUGGAAUCAUCCUCACUGUCACUGCUGGAAGAUGAAUCAGAGUGAGAUAUGGGUACUGACUGGGGCUUCUGAUUUUCAAGGUACACUUUCCCAGGCCCCUUGAUGGAGCUAGCUAUUCUGUCCUCAUUGUCUCUAUCAGAUGAGGAGUCAGACACCUCUGAUCGAACCUUAAUAUCCAGACGUCUUUUGAUGCUUGUUGUACGCUCCAAGUCUAACAGAGGCCACUGUGACUGUGGUACAUUAGUUUGAGAUGUUACCAGUGGAAGUCCGGUCACAUGCAUUUUCUCUUGCUCCUGUUUCUUCAAGACUUUUUUGUCUUCAUCUUCUUCACUGUCACUACUAGAGGAUGAACUGGAGUUAUCUAAAGGUACUAACUGAGAUUUUUGUAUUGACAGGUUGGUUUUAUCCAAUCUUCCUGACUUUACUUUGGAUAUUCUUGUGUCAUCUUCACUGUCACUGCUUGAUGAGUCAGAAACUUUAAAAUGUGUUUUGAUGUCUAGACGCCUUUUCACACGUGGUAAAUGCUCAAAGUUGAGAACAGGCCAUCCUGAUUCCUGGUCUUGAUAAUCAUUGGUUGGAUAUUUGUCAUGUGUAACUUUUGAUAUGUUUAACUGGCCUAGUCCUUGUUUCUUUAUUGGUUUGUUGGACUCAUCCUCAUUGUCACUGCUUGAAGAUGAAUUGGACUGAGAUUUGGGCACUGUUUGAGGCUUCUGAAUUACAACUUUGCUAAUGUCCACUGACUUUGGCCUCUUCAAAGAGUUUGUCGUUUCAUCCUCACUUUCACUGCUAGAUGAUGAGUCAGAUGCCCUUGAUUGAACCUUUAUAUCAAGACGCCUUUUGACGCUUGUUGUAUGCUCAAAGUCAAGUAGAGGCCACUGUGUUGGUGGAGCAUGACCACUAGUCUGAGAUUUAUGCAGUGGAGGCCUUCCCAUGUGCAACUGGCCCAGAUCCUGUUUGUUCAUUGGUUUUAUGGCUUCAUCCUCGCUGUCACUGCUGGAAGAGGAGUCAGAUUGAGAUUUAGAUACUGUUUCAGAUCCUUGAAUUCCAAGGUUUGCAGUUUCUACUUUUCCCGGCCUCUUGAUGGACAAUCUCACUUCUUCAUCACUGUCACUGCUUGAGGAUGAUUCAGAAGCAGGUACUUUAACUUUGAUAUCUAGACGCCUUUUGAUACGCAUCCCUUUCCCAAGAUUAAGGACAGGCCAACCUGAUUCUUGGUCAAUACUUCCAGUUUGGGAAUCUUGAUGCUGAAGUUUCACUGUGUGCAGCUGGCCCUGCUCUUUCCUUAUUGGUUCUGUGAAAGUGUAAUCCUCACUGUCACUGCUUGAAGAUGAAUCAGGGUGCAUUUGGGGAACAGUCUGAGUUGCAAGAGUUGGCCUCUUAAUUGACACCCUUGUUUCAUCCUCACUUUCACUGCUUGAUGAUGAUCCAGAAGCUGGUAAUUGUGCUUUGAUAUCCAGGCGCCUUUUGAUGCGUAGCGUUUUCUCAAGAUUGAUCACAGGCCAACCUGAUUUUUGGUCAAUACUUUCUUUAAAAGAAGGUGCUGUGAUGUGCAACUGGCCCAGGUCCUGUUUUUUCAUUGGUUUUAUGGCUUCUUCCUCGCUGUCACUGCUGGAAGAGGAGUCAGAUUCAGAUUUAGAUACUGUUUCAGAUCCUUGAAUUCCAAGGUUUGCAGUUUCUACUUUCCCUGGCCUCUUGAUGGACACUCUCACUUCUUCAUCACUGUCACUGCUUGAUGAGGAUGAUUCAGAAGCAGGUACUUUUACUUUGAUAUCUAGACGCCUUUUGAUACGCAUCCUUUUCCCAAGAUUAAGGACAGGCCAGCCUGAUUCUUGGUCAAUACUUCCAGUUUGGGCAUCUUGAUGUGGAAGUUUUACUGUAUGCAGCUGGCCCUGCUCUUUCCUUAUUGGUUCUGAGAAAGUAUAAUCCUCACUGUCACUGCUUGAAGAUGAAUCAGGGUGCAUUUGGGGAACAGUCUGAGUUGCAAGAGUUGGCCUCUUAAUUGACACCCUUGUUUCAUCCUCACUUUCACUGCUUGAUGAUGAUCCAGAAGCUGGUAAUUGUGGUUUGAUAUCCAGGCGCCUUUUCACACGUAGCGUUUUCUCAAGAUUGAUGACAGGCCAAUCUGAUUUUUGAUCAAUACUCUCUUUAGGAGAAGGUGCUGUGAUGUGCAACUGGCCCAGGUCCUGUUUUUUCAUUGGUUUUAUUGCUUCUUCUUCGCUGUCACUGCUGGAAGAGGAGUCAUAGUGAGAUUUAGAUACUGUUUCAGAUCCUUGAAUUCCAAGGUUUGCAGUUUCUACUUUCCCCGGCCUCUUUAUGGACACUCUCACUUCUUCAUCACUGUCACUGCUUGAGGAUGAUUCAGAAGCAGGUACUUUUACUUUGAUAUCUAGACGCCUUUUGAUACGCAUCCCUUUCCCAAGAUUAAGGACAGGCCAACCUGAUUCUUGGUCAAUACUUCCAGUUUGGGAAUCUUGAUGUGGAAGUUUUACUGUGUGCAGCUGGCCCUGCUCUUUCCUUAUUGGUUCUGUGAAAGUAUAAUCCUCACUGUCACUGCUUGAAGAUGAAUCAGGGUGCAUUUGGGGAACAGUCUGAGUUGCAAGAGUUGGCCUCUUAAUUGACACCCUUGUUUCAUCCUCACUUUCACUGCUUGAUGAUGAUCCAGAAGCUGGUAAUUGUGCUUUGAUAUCCAGGCGCCUCUUGAUUUUUGUUGUUUUCUCAAGGUCAAGGGAAGGCCACUGUGGUUCUGGUUCAUGAGGUCUUGCCACCUGCAUCUGCCCUUGCACCUCUUUCUUUAUGGCUUCAUCCUCACUGUCACUGCUAGAAGAUGAGUCAGAGCAAGGUGUGGGUAUUGUCUGAGAUUGAUUGGUAAUGUGCAAUCUUCCUGGCUUUUCUUUUACUGAUACACUUGUUUUAUCAUCGCUGUCACUGCUAGAAGAUGAACUGGAGGUGGGGGUUUUAGCUUUGAUAUCCAGACGCCUUUUGAGCCGUGUAGUUUGAUCAAGAUUCAGGACAGGCCACUGAUCUCCCUCAGAUGGCCUCUGGGUUCCCACGACAUUACUUGAUGUCUGAAUUUUCUGUAACUGAACCUCUGACAUCUCGGUCUGCCCUUGCUUAUUUUCCACAUGGAGGUACUUGUCUUCUGCCUCACUCUCACUGCUUGAGGAGGAUGAAUGAUGUGUUGGUGGUGGAGGUGCUCGAGGUUUAACUCUCUUGCCCUGAAUGUCAACAGUCGAACUGGGUACAUUCGUCCUUCUGGGUGGCACAGGUUUUACUUUCUCUUUGUUAUCCAACUCUGCUGUAACCACACUGCUGCUUAGCUUGUCUGACUCCACCUUCACCACUCCAAUACCUAUUGCUUGUGUUACUUUGUGACCCUCCUCAUCACUGUCACUGGAAGUACAUGAAGAAGAGUGAGCUUUUUUAGUGCCUGUUUCACUGUGAUUAAAUCCCAGUGAGAGCCUGCUCGCAUCCUCCUCCUCGUCUUUCUCUGAGUUUACAGUGUAAUGUGUUAUCUCGUUUUCACUUAAACAUGAACUGGAGCUUGAUGUAUCACCCCUCUUUUGUUUAUGUGUUAGUUGGGGAUGAUCAAAAGCACCAAGCACACUGCUGGACCUUGGAGAGUUGCUUCGAAUGGAAUCACUAAACUCAAAUUGUUCCUCGUUUUCCUGCCACUGAUCUGCAUGUGGGGACCAACCUGCAAAAGGCUCAGAAGAAAAUCCAAGACUUACAUCCGUGCUCUCGAUGGAGGUGUGGGGCACUGUUGAUAUGCUCGCUCUCUGCUGGAUAGAUUCCUCAGCGAGCUGGGGAGACUUGGAUCUUGUUAUGUCUUGCUUGGCCACUUGUUUCUCAUUAUUUUCUUUGUCUGAUAAUGAAGAAUCUGAUGAUGAAGAUGAGUGUCUCCUCUUUUCAGUGAUUUCCACAACAGUGGCAGUUGACAGAGCUCUGCCAUCUCUCUGGUUAUCUUCUGGACUGCUUCGUCCUUCACUCCCUGAAUCUCUGACUCUUUCCCUCCCAGCCACAGCUGCUUCACAUUCAAACACAGAGUCAUUAUUUAUGCUUUCCUGAUCCCCACUGGCUACAGUGUCAUAAUAUUGUACAUUGGUGUCUUCUCUGUAGUCGACAGUGCUAAAUGUGACUCUCCUUUCCCUGUGAUUUCCAAUCACCCCUAGCUCCUCUACAUUGCAGUAGGCCCCAUUGUCAUAUUGACUUUGUUCUACAGUUGAGACUGUGUUUGUCACUGUAGAGCUUUUCUUUUUGGAAACCCUUUUCCAAAGACGAUCUACACAAGGUCUUGCCAGGACUCCAAGGACAAAAGCAACUAGAAAUGUGAACAAAAUAGACAGACAUACAGCAAGAGCCAAGUCAGACUGAGUAGUGCGUGUAUUCCUCUCUUGCUCUACUCUGCCAUGUGAGAUAAUCUGAUGGCUGUUUUCGGGUAAACUUCGAGCUUUUCUGUGUGUACUUCCAACUUUACUGAUUUGGAGGUUGAAAACAGAUGCAACUUCUUGCUCUCCGGACACACACACAUACAGUCCAGUAUCUGUCUCUUUGAUGUCCUUGGUUAGAAGACCAGACCCAGGUUGGCUUACAGAUGCUUGACCACUUGGCGUCAACCCUAAUGAGCAUAUGAAAACAAAUCAAUGAUAUGCUUUUAGACUUGAAUAUAAUGUGUUCAGUGUGUUUUAGAUUAUUUUGUACUGUUUUUGACUGUUACCUUGUGUAGAGCAGGAAAGCCAUAUCUCAGACCCACUAAAGACUGUCACAUUUUGGUGGUGAUCUAGUCUGUUCCCAGCAAACCAAACAUCUGUCCCAAUAUUGUGCAAAGACAGGUACGUCAAUGGAUGGAGGCUGGUCAGCAUAUUAAAGCUCAGGUCCAGCACCUGUAGGGGGGAAACAAAAUGGACAAGCAGGAGUUUUUAGAAGUAUCCAGUGAAAUCAGUCAAUACAUUUAGAUGCACAGCUAAGUCGAGCCCAGUUAGGCAUUGAGGUAGACCACUGUUCUUGUCCCAGUUUACAAGCAUUGGGUAAAAUUGAAUUAUUGCCAGAAGCAUUCAGACCCGCCACCGCUGAAGUAGGUGGCGCAAUGCCCCCUUUCAAUUUUACCCAAUGCUUGUAACCUUGUUCCUAUUUUUCCACAAUUAUGCGUCUUUAGUGCUCAGACCCUGACUGAGUCUGUAUACAGACUAGUCGCCAGUUAACGUUUGAUCUUGUGAGUGCAAAAUCAGACUAGCAGUUGCAUUGAUAAUUUGGUCCAUUGAUUUGGACUAUUGAUUAGAAACUGAAUAUGAAUAAUGUCCGACAUCAUUGACUUACUUCUGAGGUAUUUGUGUCGAUGUAUGAUUUAAGAUUUAACUGUUACCUUGAGCUGGGUUAAAUCCUUGAAUGUUUGUGGAUGUAGACUCGUGAUGAGGUUAUGUCGUAGGUGAAGCUCUUUUAGCUGUUGAAGAUGGCUGAGUUGUUGUGAUCGAAUGGUUGAAAUUCUGUUAAAUGAAAGCUGCAGAACCUGCAAGGAUCGACAUCCCGCCAGCCCUGGAUGACAGAAAACAAGAGCUGUUAUUGGCACUCAGUGGCAGCUUUAAAAGGGGACUGGAUAUGUGCUGUGUAUCCUCUCUCAUACAUGAUCUCCUGGCUUUUAAGGACCUUCAGGACAUGAAAUUUUCAGGCUCUUGCUGUUCAACUAGUCAACUGAGGAAAAAAAAAACUUAUUUUACUUUUUUUUUAAAAUUAUUUUUACCAAGUUUAGUUUUAAUAUGGUUUAACAAUGUCAAGGAAAAACUUGGCUUGGUAAAACUAGCACAAAUAAGUUUAAAACAACUAUGCACAGGGGUGUGCAGAUAGCCUAGCGUAUUAGCGUGGAGACCACAGACCCUGCAGCUGUUGCAGUUUUGAGUCCUGACCAUUUGCUGUAUGUUGUCCCCUUUCUCCCCCUUAUUUCUUGUCUUUCUCCACUAUCUUUAAAGGCAAAAACGCCCCAAAAUAUAACUUUGGGAAAAAAAUGCACGGAGUGCAGGCUAUCUAUGUAUGAGGGGUUCGGCAUAAGUAGCCAUUGUGUACCUACCAUGUUUGCUACAGCUUAGAUUGGAUUCAGAAGUAUAAAUCCAGUGUUUACUGCUGGAUUUCCUCAGACUUUUAUUUUGGGACUGGCAAGAAAAAACAGCCUAUAGUCAGGGGGAAUUUUUUGACCAUUUGCUUUUACAUAUACGUCCAACCUGCACAAUCCUAAAACAAUUUCAGGAGUGAAUAAGGAUGACGGAGGUUUAUCUGCGGCACUGUCUGCACUAUAAUUUGUAAGGUGAAAACAUGUUGACAUUGAGCUAUGAGGGCAGUUGUUUGCAGCACUGCAGAGCUUUCAAUCCUGAGAAAUAUGCAGACUACAGGCCUCUCUCCCUCUAUCUCUUUCGCUGGACUUUGGACAGUGAAUAGUGUAAAAUAUCCACAUCAAUAAACACCCUCCCCUGGCGUAUGAAUCCAAACUCUUCCUUCUCAUUUUCACCGUGAAUGCUCUUCCAAUACAACUAAUUAGGGGCUAAGAAUUUGUCUGUGGUUCUCGGUCUCCCCUGCUGUCUCCUCCUUUUCACUAGUCCGAGACAAUCUUCCUGAGACUGCUGGGCUGAAGUGAGGCACUGUGGGUCUGUGCUUCAUUAGGGAAGCACUGAGGCUUCUGUGAGCUGAAUACCAAACAGGAGAGAAGUCUAUGACUGUCAACACAGCUCUCGCUAAGUAAGUGGGCUGUCCACACAUGCCUUUAAAAGGAACCACGGUAAAAGCUUUUCUUUGUAGCACACAAAUAUUCAACAAGGCAGAAGGAAUUCCACGAAAAAUAUGAAGCUAGAGGAAAUCUUUAAAGUUUAACUGCAUGUUUACACCUUUCCUUGAGUCACUGGAAUGUCAAUAAAAGCUGUGACGAGCCUUAGGGUGUACAGUGUCACUAUCUCUGGAGGUUUAAUAAUUUCUAAGUGGAGCAAAGUACUAAAGAUAACGGAUAUCAAUGAGAGGGUUUGGUUCUUUCUGAGAAUGAAAAAAGGACGGUAAAAAAGAAAAAGCAAAUGGAUCUAUUGGACAUAACAGCAGAACUUAGGACACCUUUCAGGCAGAAUUUGGUCGACAACAGCUCUGCAAGCCAAACCUAUUUAUAAGGUUUAACUCCAAUUAUUCUCAAGAGGGCAAUUUAAGGUGUGUUCUCAGAAGAGGGUUCAACCGCACCAUCAGAUGCAUAAUCUUUAAUCACUAGCACAUAAAAAUGAGAUGAUAAGUGCAUCAGGGAAUGAAUGUGAGUCACUGCGAGGAGUUUGGGAGAGUUUAGAAACAGAUGUCUGAAAAAGCAAU